GCCAAUCAUAUGACAGUGUUUACCAAUCGUUAAAAACGCGUAAAUUUAGCAAAAUGUUUCAGAUGAAGCUAAUGGUCACAGCUGACAGCUACGAAAAGCAGCUGGUACAAUACCUGUCGCAAAAAUAGCCUCGAAAAACAUAUAGUGGAGCGUGUUGUCUAAGAAAAAUAAGUUAAGGACGAAGGAAAGUUGUUAAAAUUUGGAGAAACCAUGAUGGGAAGGACUGUAAUAGCGGAGGAGAGUUUGCAGGAGAGACUUACCGCCCUCGCGAAGGUUGGCACUUUCCAGAUUGGAUUGCUUAUUGGCCAGAAUGCAAGAGAUCGGGACUACCUCGUUCACCUGGCCCCGACCCCCAUACCAGAUGAGGGCGAUCUCAGCUCAGAAGAGGAAGAUGCAGUGCCACACAGCCCAAAGACGGAGCACGGCAAGUCCAAAGUCCCUGAGUCUAUCCCCAAGGUUGUUGACGCCAUUGUCGCCCAGCACACCAGGCAGGUUGUGCGCAUGCUGCCAGGAGGUCUGGAUGUCAUUGGCCUUUUUGUGGUCACACCGCAAUCUGAUUAUGACACCUCCCAAAGCCAGUCCAAAAUCAGGUCCAUUUUAGGUGCGGUUCAUAGGACGGCAGCGAAAAUCCUGCUGGAGACUGCCGAACUUCGCAGUGAGAAGAUUAUCCUGCACGUUUGUACGCAGACCUUCAAAUGUACAGUGAAGACAGUAGAUGUAUCUCCCACUGCGGUCGGCAUUCAGAACAGUGCCGAGCUCAGGUUCCACCGCGGGGGUGUCAAGUGGCAGCAGAUCAGCUAUUCCUACAACAUCAAUCUCAACUUCUGGUUGCCAAAGGACAAGUCUCCACAGUCACUUUAUAAAAUGAUACUUUCCCUGAUCAAGCCAUGGGCCCAGAGUGUGACCAAGAGCCUAAUCCUGAUCGACUCGGAGCUCCAAAACAGCUACGAUUUUCUGGACCCCUAUGCGGAGGAGAAGCAGACCAAGAAGAAGGGGACUGGCAGCAGCGUCAGGGGAGGGAUGGCAGACUUGUCUCCCCCUAAAGUCUUCACAGCCGAGAUCCUUGACUCAGGGGCACCCUUAGCUGUGGAAGGGCCUGGCUCUGGCCUGGAGGAGAGCUCAGGAAACGUGAGGCUGGCAGGCACGGUGGCUGGCCUGGCCUUCGUGCACUCCAAGGCCACAGUUGGGGAAGCCAGAUCAUCUGUGCUUGUUGACCUGGUGCGCUCGGUGGUGGCCCGGUGGGAGAUGCACUGUGACUCUCUUGUGGAAGAGCCUCCCUCGCACUUGGUGGGCCCAAUCAUCCAUGAACCUCCUCGUCGCGUCUUCCUUGAAGGAGGUGGCCUUCCUGUCAGUCUCUGCGACUACCUGUUUCCCGGGGACAAUACUACCGAUGCUUGUCAGUCAGCUAAGGAGUUGCUUGGGCUGACAGUUCGUUCAGAGCAUGUAGAUGACACGCUAGAAACAUUAGCUGAUGCCACAGAAGUGAUGGACAGCGGAGAAGGAGGCGUAGGAGAGGGCCCACGACUGGGCAGUGACAGGUCCAGUGCGUCAUCCACGUGCCCAGUCUCAUACAUCCUCCUUGCUUCCGGUGUAGCUGCUUUGGGGAUUGCAUUCUCUUAUGUCACGCUCCAGAGCUCAAAAGCGUAGAUUUAAGGUUGAAUUAGGGUUGUGGACUUAACAUGUCUUUUUUUUUUUUUUUUUUUUUUUUUUUUUUUUUUUUUUUUUUAUCCUUUGUGAGUUAUUAUUCAAGGGACUGUAAGUUGUGGUCAUUUAUCAGCUUUUUACAUGAAGAUCACUCUAUAUAAUGGGAUUAUGUGUCCUUGUAUUGUAUCAAGAGACAUAACUAGGUAGUUUCUCUGAUUUGAAUGUUUGUUUGUUUGUGUCCUUUUUGUAUGUGUGUAUUUUGUUUUGAAUUUGUUUUGUGUUAUAGCAAUACAAAAAUUAUUGUAUAUUACGAGGAGACCUAAUUAUCCAGCACGUUUCUAGACAUUUUUUAAGUAAAUUUUUAUUGCCUUUUUAAUUUUAUUUUUGUUAUUUAGUUGGUUGCACAAGAUGAUGUAAAUAGAUUAUGAUUUGAAUGAAGAGAUAUAUUUGGAAGAAUUAAAAAGAAAUAAUUUAUUAUUAUUAAGGACCAUUGGAAUGUUUGUGAAGAGAACAUCAAAACUGUCAAUGAUGAAAUCAAAUACUCAGAAAAAAAGAAAAGAAAAAAAAAAAGAGAUUUUUUUUUUCUUUUUCCAAAACCAGAUCAUGUGUACAAAAAGAUCAUUAUAUUUAAAAAUUGCCAAUGGAUGUUGGAAUCUUCAAAUAAACAAGCAAACAAAAUAUGUGAAUGACAACACUAUGAUGAAAUUUUAACUAGGACAAAUGGAUUCAAGAUAUAUCAGAAUUUGGAAUAGAGAAACACUUUUUUGCCUGCUUUGUGUGCGUUGCAGCGCUUCAGAGCAGCAAGUCCAGUAGAGGUUAAGGAGACACAAUCAGACGUACAAAAAGCGCUUCAGAUUCUGCGAAGAUCCUGAGUGCUCUGUAAGGGAAUGCCUUUUACGAAGAUAUUUCUUUCUCUCUUUCAUCUUUUAUCAGUUUUUUUUUCUGUCUUCAUUGUUUUUCUCUGUCUCUUUCUCUUUUUUUUUUUUGUUUUCUCUUUUUCACUUUUUUUUUAUUUGUCAUUUUCUCUCUUUUCUCUCUCUCUUUCAUUUUUUUCUCUUGCUUCUCUUUCUUUUCCUUUCUUUUCUUCUCUUUCUCAUUUCUUUGGAAAUGUAAUUUACACUACAGAUGCCAAGCCAUGACAGAAUUCACAGAAUGUAAUAACGAUUUUGAAUAUUUAUGAUUUAUUUAUGUAUUUAUUAAUUCAUUUAUUCAUGUUUUAUAUUCGUUUUAUUUUUCAUUUGAAUAUGCAUUUUUUUUUCUUAGGAAGAGUCAAAUUUUGUGAAUAUAUUUGAUGUUUUAUGUGUUCUGAAUUAAUUUUUUAGUAGAGUGCACGUUAACCACUUUCUGCGAGGCUGUUGUAUGCAAUAUAUAAAUGUUCGGAAGGUGUUUUUUAAUACUGUUGCCAAGUAGUGCAUUCUUCAACUAGAAUUUACAGGUGUUUGUUGCCGAUUGUGCUUCCCCUUCAUUCCGUAUGGUGAAGUGACCUUUGUUGCCAGUUUGUUUUUUUCUGUUUUUUGUUUUGCCUCUUGCUUAUACUAUAAUCCAUUAAUGGUAUAAUAGAAUGUACAGGUAAAGGUUUAAGAUUUUUUAUAUAGUUGUCAGAACUCGGAGGAAUGAAGUAUAUAAUUAUGAUAAUAAUAAUAAAGAAAAGAAAACGUAAUUUGUGUUGUAUUGACGUAAACUAACCCCCCAUAAUGACCCUUUUUUUAUGUAAACAUUAAUUCUCAAACUUUCGGGGAUUUGUUUCCUGAGUUUUCGCUUUGUGAUGGAGCUUAAUUUUGUCAUGUUAUUAUUAUUCUUAUUUAUUUUCCCUUUUUUUUUUAUUCAAGAUGUAUUUUUUUCUUGUCUUAUUUUGAAAGAUGCCAAUACUUUUCUUUUUAAGAUGUAAGAUGAAAUGUAAGAGAAGAAGAAAAAAAACUAAUAAUGCAUUUAUGAUGACAGUGGCAUGUUGUGAUUGAGUUAGAUUUUGUUAGCAUUUUAAGAGACUAUCAGAAUUUCAAGUUAGUCCAUAUCUGGUAUCUGUAUUUUGUCUGAGUACCAGUGGUGUGAAUGUGUAUAUGUUUAUGCUUCUAUACAAGUGUAUGUGUGUGUGAGUGUGUGUCUGUUUAUAUGAAAGUAACAAUAGGAUGAAUGUGAAUGUGGAUGUUCAUGGGUAUAAGAAAUUGCACUAAGUGUCUGUUUGUGUGUUUACUAGUUAUGUGUACGAGUAGGUGUAUGUGUAAGAAUGUAUAUGAAGAGUUGUUUAAUCUGGAGUAUAUGUGAAUGACAAUGCAUAAUACCUAUAUGUAUAUCCAUCAUUGCAGAUUAUCAUGAAUUUUCCCUUUAUAAUAUAUAGAAGGGAUUUUUAUGAAAUGGUAUUGGAGAAACUAUUCAUGAUAUUGCAAAUUUAGGUAGAUUAAUAAGAUAACAAUAUGUGAUAAAUCAGAAAGCAAUGCACUUUACAAUCACAAAAGAAUCUAUUAUAGUUUUCAUCAGAAGACUCUAUCAAUUCUUUCUAUAAGUAAAAAUGUAGAUGUCUUGUUUAAUUUUGUACAGAAUUAAUUAUUUCUGUAUUGGAGAAAGUUAUAAACACUAAUGUUGUUAA